CUUCGGCGCCUGUGCGGUUGUGGCUUCCACAGCCUGCCUGCACUGUGAGCGGCGGUUGUAGUGCCCGGUGGUGUGUCAUACCGUUGCUUGGCGAAAGAAGCCGCUAUUCACGCACGCGGCAUGAGCGCUGGAUACCCUCAAGCCGCGCUCUUGGAGAUGUCCAAGGUUGGGGAGACGCCAACACCCCGGGACGUCGCGGACUACGGAGAGCCACGCAAGUUUGACCCUGGUUUUAAGGGACCCCUCAAGAACCGGAGCUGCACUGACAUCAUCUGCCUCUUCCUGUUUGUCUUCUUCCUUAUUGGAUGGGCCAUUGUGGCAUUCUUUGCAUACCGCAGUGGCAAUCCUGAGCGCCUCAUCUACCCUACUGACAGCCAAGGAAACAUCUGUGGCCAGCCACCAUUUGAGGACAAGCAGUACCUGUUCUUUUUCGACAUCACUCAGUGCCUUAAAAGGGCCUACAAGCCUGGUGACCUGUUGCCUUCGCUCAUCUGCAACACUCCCCAGGUGUGCGUGUCACAAUGUCCCAACGAGACCUUCUUGGUCAGCAAUGUCAAAGGGAAUGAGGACAUCAUCCGUUCCAAGCUCAUAUGCCAGUAUGGCGUGGAUCCAUUUGACAAGCAAACGUACAGGACUCUCCAGGACCUGACUGGAAAGGACCAGAAGUGUGCCGCUUAUUAUCUCAAGAGCAGCAGCGUGGCCAGGAGAUGCCUUCCUGGAAGACUGGAGCUCGAUGACAAGGGAAGGGUCAAGGACAUGCUCAACGAUGGAAUUGUCGAAAUGGUCACAGUUUCUAGGCUUGCUAGCAAAACCAAGAGCUCUAUUGAACUGAUCCUUGCAGGCUUGUCAAGUGCAAAGGAUGUUGGCGAACUUGCAUUCCAAGACUUCAAGACUGCAUGGCCUCACAUGCUCAUUGGGCUUCUAUGUGCCAUGCUGGUGGCAUUCCUCUGGAUUGCCCUCAUGCGCUGGCUGGCAGCUGUCAUGGUUUGGCUCAGCAUCCUCUGCCUGGUGCUGCUCUUCUCCUUUGGCUCCUACUACAGCUUCAGCAAGUAUGUCGAGCUGCGCAACAGCUCGGACAGUGGCAGUGAGAGCCUCAUCAAGCAGUUCGACGUGUCCGUCUCAUUUACGCAAAACCUGCGGGCCUACACUGCGAACAAGAACACCUGGCUGGUUUUAGGCAUUGUGUCAGUUGUGAUCCUGGUUGUGCUGUUGCUUCUGCUCAUCUUCUUGCGAAAGCGCAUCGUCAUUGCCAUUGCUCUAAUCAAGGAAGCCAGCAGAGCGGUUGCCCUGAUGCCCUCGGCUCUCUUCUUUCCGAUCCUGCCGUACCUGCUGCACCUGCUGCUGUUCGCCUUCUGGGGCUCGGUUGCAGUAUAUCUUGCAUCCAGUGGCACAGCUGACUUCAAGUACAUGAACAUGACUGGCGGAAAUAACAGCAUGACUGGAGAAAGCUGCUCCAUAGAGGAGGCCAACAAGUCGUCUUCGCUGUCGCAUCUCAAGUGUCAGUUCACGCAGUACGUGGCCAACCAGCACCUGUCACGGCUGCAGAUCUACAACUUCAUUGGCCUCAUCUGGGGCAUGUUCUUCAUAGUGGGGCUGGGUCAGGUGGCGCUGGCAGCGGCCUUUGCCUCCUACUACUGGGCCUUUCACAAGCCACAGGAUGUUCCUUUCUUUGCUGUGCUCCAUGGACUAUGGAUCACUGUCCGGUACCACCUGGGAUCAGUUGCAUUUGGUUCCCUCAUCCUGACCAUAGUGCGUGUCAUCCGAAUUGUGCUCGAGUACAUUGAUGAGAAGCUGAAGAGGUAUGACAACGAGUUCACCAGGUGCCUCAUGAGGUGCUGCAAGUGCUGUUUCUGGUGCCUCGAGAAGUUUCUGAAGUUCUUGAACAAGAAUGCCUACAUCAUGAUUGCUAUUUAUGGCAAGAACUUCUGCAGUUCUGCCAAGGAGGCUUUCAAGUUGCUCAUGCGCAACGUUGUGCGGGUUGUUGUGCUGGACAAAGUCACUGACCUGUUACUGCUUGUUGGAAAACUCGUCAUUGUUGGCAUUGUUGCUGUGCCAACCUUCUUUGUGUUUUCCCGCAAAGUGGACGCACUUAACAACCACCUUCCUGAGCUCAACUACUACAUGCUGCCCAUUCUGACCAUCUCUGUGGGUGCGUACAUCAUAGCAUCAAGCUUCUUCAGCGUGUACAGCAUGGCUGUGGACACACUGUUCCUCUGCUUUUUGGAAGAUUGUGAGAGGCAUGAUGGAUCAGAAGAGAAGCCAUACUACAUGUCCAAGGAGCUCAUGAAGAUCCUGGGAAAGCAGAACAGGUUGCAGGAUGCCGACAAGUGACUGCCUUGACAACCUCCCACUUCGGUGUGCUGCUGCACAGAGGCCCUCCUGGCUUUCCUUGAAUCGCGCUUUCCUGACACACUUUGCCCAGCUGAGCCCCCUUUUGCUUAGCCUUGAUUUGGAACAUGCACUCGUGGCUCUGAAAACAUGCCAUGAGUGGAAUAUCUAGAUUGGCGCUGCUGGUUAUGUUUAAGCAACAUAGUAUCUUACAAUGUCCUGUGCUGCGGAUGGGAAACUGCACAAGGGCAGAGUACAAGCAGCGCUGUGUGGCCUUUAUGGGUGUUUAUAUGCACGUUGGUUGUGUGCACUUUUGUACAUGGCUUUAUUUGUACUGAAUGUCGCGUAAGAGUAAUUUAGCUGGGACAGGCGUGUCGCUCCUAUUUGCACCACAACUUUCGUGUGUUUCGCAACUUUCAGUGUGCAACAGGUGUUGUAUGCAUCGGAAGCAGUUUGCUGGAUGCAUGUGCCAUUCGGAUGGCUUCAUGAUUUGUUCAUGCUUGGUCACUCAUCUAACAAGCGCACAAGGCUGCACUGCCAUGUAUAUUUUAUUUUUAUUGAAACAGACCAUGCACUCGAAAUGCAUUGAUGGAGUUUAUGUGGCUCACUUAGGCGUGUUUGUACCAGCGAAGCAAUUUUGUCCCAAAACUUAUCUGUUAAUGCUUGGAAAAUUUUUUAUUUUGUACUCCCAAAGAAAGUGUUCUUUUGCCCUUGGGAGUAACCUCCCUCUAUGCUAUUUUGAACAUUCCUUCAGGUCCCAAAAGUGGCUGCGAAAUGCUUUUUUUUUUUUUUUUUACCAACUGCCAGCUCUAUUGUUGGAUGCAAUUUUAUGCUAGGGUACUUUUAAGGCUCAUAUGGGAAGUGGUCAGAGCACACUGAUGUAGCAUAUAGUAGUAAGAAAUUGCUCAACUGUUAUAGGGGUACAUUGCCUCAUAACUUCGUGCGAUAGAUUUUACCACUGGCAUGCCCGGGCAUAGUGGGGAGAUGCAAAAUUUGAGGUCAAUGGAUUAGUCUUGCUAGAGAGACUUGUGGUGCAUUAAAUAGUAUGCUUGUCGCACUUGAUGCUUUGUCCUUUGGUCUUGGUCAAUCUUGAUUGCCAACUAAAUGAAGAUGGCAUCCCCAAACACCCUGAGUAUUACAUUGGCAAAAAUUGACUGUCGUCAAGACUUGGCUCCUUAUUUGGUUUUGCUUAACUUGGUAUUCAGUUUUCAUUUGUACAAGUCCUCGUGGCGAAAUUGGUAGCAGGCUGAUGGGGCCUCAUUUCCAGGGUACAGCACCCAAAGCUGUCGCAGUAUGGUCUCGUUGUAGCACCAUGUCCCUUAUUAGUGUGGCAUUGUCUUUGCAUCAGGAAGGCAAGACAGAGGCUGCCCAGACCUUGUAUCGUUCUCCAGUGAAGUCCUUCCUGACUUCAAUAUUAUGUACCACUUGGAUACACAUUUGCAGAAUACUGCCUAAUUUUCCUUGGCAUCACAUGUAGUGUCUCUGUGCCUGUCUAGCCCCGUGUACCAGGCUAUUUGGCAUUGGCACACUGCUGAUAAUUGACAUCCACGCUUCUACGGGUGCUGAUAAGUGAUAAGUGCUGAUAAGUGAUAAGUGAUUUUUUCGCUGCGUCUACUGAUUCAAAUAUAUAUUUUAGAUCAUUUGCAUGAGCUUAAGGUGGACAGUAGUUCCAGAACUGUUGGGGCAAAGUAGUAGUGAUGCAAAUUCCAAUUGUGCAUUAUGAUAAAUGCAGCCUCUGGCAUUGUGUGGUUAGAACUCUUCGUGGAUAGGCAGGCCACACAGUGUGCGUGAUGUGAAGACCAGGCCGUGUGCUAGUCUGGCUUCCCUUACCUCACCUAUCAUGACCACGUGGGAUAUCACAAGCAUUGGAAAUGUGUUAUAGGCAUUUAGCACCUUUUGGAAAAUGUGUGCUGCCAAAUCGCCUUCCUGUCUGCAGAAGAAGCUUUUGCAAGUUGCACAUCCUUUAGGAUCUUGUUGGAACACGUGCACCCUCUACAUGGUGCACCAUUGAGAAAGGAAACACUGCAUUUGAAUUUAAAGCCAGUAUUUUUCCUUGUUCCUAUGCUGAAAUUUUAAAGAAAUCUAUGUGAGCAGAACUUCUCAUGCCAAAACUAUAUAGUAACUGUGAAUGAGGUUCUGACUUGUCGGUUUGCAGGAAUCUUGGUUUGCACACAGCUUCAGUUGUCCCCUUUCGUACUGGUGCAGUGUACAGCCUAGCUUUCAACUGUGGUAUUAUCAACCUGAGAAGAGCUUUGUGGGAAAUUUGCUCAAUAAUAAAGCCAAUGAAAAGCUCUUGUCAUACGUUUGGGCAUUUGAUCAUGCGGGUGUUGACCAUCUGGGUGCCUUUUUGGUCAUUGUCUGCGAUUACUUUCCUGAAAAAAAAAGGGGGGGGGGGGCCACACAAGUGGACUGUCAGAUUGGCUAGCAUCUUAAGAAUGAGCUUCAAGAACAUGGCAAUAUGUACAGGGGGCCUGAAUGGCACUUGGCUAUGCAUUGUUGAGGUUGUUGUGCCGAGUUUGAAAAGUGUGAACUUGUUUGUGUAAAUGGAGACCAACGUACCUGUGAGAUACUUAAGGCUUCAGGAGAUAACAUGAGGCACUCACUAAUGUGUUAGCACUCACUAUAUAUAUUGGUAUUAGUAAGCAGUGGUGACAGUUGAGUAUAAGUUUGUGUUGUCUCCGAUUGCCUCCCCAUUUUUUUUUUUUUUUUUUCAUGUGAAAAGUAAUCGUGGAUGACCACCAUCUAGCCCAAACCCACAUGUGGUCCUUGCGCAGCUGUAGGAUUCAGCCUACGCAGCUGCUGCGCGACAGCUGGCAUUUCAUAGCGAAGGCAUUUCCAUUGAAAGUAGCUUGAAGCAUGCAGUUUCAUACUAAAAUUACCAGAGGAAGAUCUCGUGCUGCAGUCAACCAACCAUUUUGGGAAUCGUGGUCCUACGUGAAUUUUUUUUUUAGGAUAUAGAAUGGAUUCAUUGUUGAAAUAUUUUACUGUUUAAAGCAUGUUUUAAUGUUCUGUUUGGUUCAUGUAUCUUAUGUGCUGGCCUCGCAACAUUUGUUUAGAGCUGUAGGUGUUAAAAAGUUCCAAAUGAAGUCAUUUCAUCACAAUUUGCAGCGCAGAAAUUAUUCUUAGUGCUUUUGAAUACAUUUCUCACCAGUAUAGAUGUCUAGUAAAAAACUCACCAUGGGUAUCUUUUUAAUAUGCUAAAAAUUCUUUAUCUUGCUUUUGCAAUUUCCUGAAAACUGUAAUAGUAGCAAUGUUUGCUAAUAAUCAUUGUUGUACAUAAACUGCGGUGAAAAGAUAACUUCAAGAAGGUUGUUUGUAACUCGAACAAAGUUUAGGCGCUGGCCCACCCUUCCCGUGAUGGCUGAACAGCAGCCAUACUAGCAGCGCACACAGGCUUUAUUUUAGUAUGAAACUACAUGGCUUAAAUGGCACCAAAUUAUUUUGACAGGCUGGUCGUUUUUUCUAGUGUUGGAGGCACACUGAAGAUCCUGCAUCCCAACUUCUUGCAUUUCAACUGCAAGGCAUAAUGUUGGCAUAGCAUGUGCCACUCAGUUUCGGAGCAUGCAGCAAGAGUGUGCACCUGUGCAUGAUAAUUUUCUCUGAACACUGUGUAAAGCAGUGAUCUGAGACUCGGGCCUGCAUGUUCGUAUAUAUAGCUCGAUAGUUUAGGGUGGUUAAACUUGUUGCAUUGAAUCCACCGUGUUUAGUUUAACUAGGGUUUUCUUCUAAUCUUUGUUGCCUUUGUAACAGUCAACGAAAUUGUUUAAACUUAAUUUUCAUGACAGUGAAAGUAAACAAGUGCAGAUAUCUGUAUCAAGAUCCUCAGGUAUAAACAGACCAGUUGAUUUAUAUGUUAAAAAGGAAAGCUAAACCCUGAUAGCAAUGCCAACACUUGUGCCAAUAACUCAGUAAGCUAACUACUUGAAUGGUGUUGCUUCAGCCAUGUAAUGCAAUAUAAAAUCAUGAAGGUUGGUUUCUUUUCUGUGAUGGAUGUUUACUGCCAUUUGGCUGCAAUGAAGGAGCGUAGAAUGUAGAAUAUGUUUUCUGGAUCUAAUUGGAUGGUUGUCCUGAAGCUUGCAAAUCACAGCUAAAAAACAGCAAAAAGGACAAGACGACACAAGUGCUGACUGCCAGCAGAAGACAUUUACUCCGCGUGUGCCCAACAAGCGGGCAGGGGGGAAGGGCUCUUCUAACCAGGCAUGUGUAGGCAUGAAAAACUUGCAAAGAAAUGAUCAAUCGCGGAGAAUCUCGUUGGAAGUCAAGUUUAUCGAAGGCUCGCUGACCGAGCCCUUGCAGUGCAUAGAAAAAGCUUCGCAGAUCUCACAUGCUCGCUGGUCUCGGUAUCUGCACACAACAUGUGCCUCUUCAAGUAAAGGCAAGCACCCGCAUUUGGCGCAAUGAAUGGCCAAAUUGCUCCCACUCUUGGACUUAAGGUUACUGGAGUGCUCCCACAGGCGGUCGUUAAGGCAAUGACCUGUUUGUCCAAUCUUUGAGCCACUGCACAACGGGACCUCGUACACAACUUCCCUCUUGCUAAGCACAAAGUGCGUGGAAUGUUGCUUGUCACACUGCGUGUUUUCAGGAAGAAUAGCGUUCACCCUUUUGCGUAGCGACCCUAACUUGUUAGAUACCGACUAGAUUACUCCCACUAUGAUCUAUAAUAUCUCCGUGAUUGAUCAAUUGUUCGUAAGUUUUUAACGUUUGACGCAUGCACAGUUAGAAGAGUCUGAGCCCCCUUUCCCCCCUCCCUGUUUCUUGGGCAUAUAUAUAUAUAUAUAUUUACAUACAGAAUAUAUACAUUUUGUUGGCAGUCAGCGCUCGUCCUAUGUCAUCUUUCUUGUCCUGGUUUUCUUUCGCACUGUUUUUUAGUUAUGAAUCCGUACCAACUAGAUCAAGUUCAGACCUUUUUGUUAAGUCAUUAGACUACCUGAAGAUGUCUUAGUACCUAUAUUGUAAGGAACGAAUCAAGGACACAUAAUAGGGAAUUUAUGGAAAAAGCAUAUCCAAGUGGUAUUGCUCGGGCAAAAACUCAAAUUCUAUUUCAGGCCCUUCACAUUCUUAUGUACUCUCACUGCGCUCUUUUGUACACCCAGGGGAUUGUGUCCACUAAUUUUGGGUCCAUUGCUUUAACUCCCUAUUUUUGCAAAUUGCUGUAGAUUUGUGAUAUGUAGUGUUAGUGCUGUUAUGUUAAGAGGGCAAUGCUGAGCUAUGGUCAAAAUUGGGCCAGCAGCUUACAAAAACAUUUGCUAGGCUGAAAUUUGGAAAAGCAAAUGAGAGACAUGGUGUGCUUUUUUAUGUUGUUCAUCAUACUGAAAGUGUUAUGCUUUGCUGAAAAGAAGAUGCUGGACAGUGUUGUUUGUUAUCCAGUUUUAUUGAUUGCCACUUGCAGGAUAGGUUGUGAUUGUCCUUUAAUUUUAUUCUCUUGUGAUUGAAUAACUUGUUGUGUAUACUUUCGUGCCUACAAUCGCUGCAAAGGUGUAUGUGGUCAGUGUCCUUGUACCUGCGGCUUGCACAAGAAAUGGCAUUAACAGUUGUUGCUGAGCCUGCAAUUAUGUACACUGCCUUGUGCUUUUGUCUAUGUCACGGUGAGCCUGAACAUAAUGCAAAGUUGUGCACUUUUUCUUGCUGUAAUAAAGAUGAAAAAAGGC